AUGGCGAAUAAACGAAGUAAUCAUGGGGUUGUUGUAGUGAUCCAAGGAGAGAUGGAGGAUGAGGUAGACGUCGACGUGGAGAUGCUUGGGACGUCCAUCGUCGCUGCUCGUGCGUCCAUGGUGCUAUCCGAUGUGGGGGUGGCUAUGGCGGAGGAGCAAAUUGUUAUGGUUCAUGAUGGGCGAGCAGCUCAUGUGUUGGGCGAGCAAGGCGGGAUAAAGGAGAGAACGAAGGGAGCCCAUUGCAUCGGGCGAGCAGGCGCCGCUACUGUCCAGGAGAAAGAGUUGGGUGCUUUAGGCGCUGAUUCAAAUAGAAAUUUGAGCGCCACUUUAGGCGCUGGACUGGACAGCCAUCUAGGCACCACUCUAGCUGCUACACUGAAUGGUCUGGGCGAACACAAUGUCCGUGUGAUGGGGCAAAGGUGUGGGCAGAGGAAGGUUUUGGCAUCUGGUGUGCUUGGUAGCCCAUUAGGCAAAGGAAAAGAGAGGGAGGAGGAGACCUUGGGAGCCGCUUCCACGUGCGGGACAGUUGGGCGUGCAGCUCAGGCGUUGGGUGAGCAUGGGGAUUCUUUGGGUGAGCCUGAGGCUGGCUUGGGUCCCCUGACUUCACAAGG